AUGAAUUGGAGGUAUUCACAAGAUUGGUUCAGCCUCUGCCCCUUAUUGGGCCCGUGGAAGAUAGAGGAAGACAAUUCAACGGCGACGAAUGGUGCAUUCUACAUCGGAUCGUUUUCUUCCUUACAACCGAAAUCCGCCAUGUACUCGGAAGACCAAGAAUCCCACGGACUGUUAACCUUACAUUAUGGGAAACACCACGCCACAAUUGUAGACGAAAUCAAGACUUGCUUUGCAUCGGAGAAUUUCGCAGACAUGACUUUCAUAUGCGAUGAUAAAACAACCCUUAGCGCUCACAAGCUUGUAAUGGCGUCGGCGAGUCCCCUAGUUAGGCGAAUUUUAGGGGAAACAGUACAUGCGCAUGGGCCCAGCGUCGUGCUCAUUCCUGGAAUCAAGAGCUGCCAUCUGAAACACCUCCUCGAUUUCCUUUACAAUGGACAAGCCUGCAUCAAGUCUGAUAUGUGGCAGUCUUCGACGACAGAAGAGGCCAAGAGUCAGUCUGAAGACGAAAGCAGCUGGACAGCCACGGAAAACGGAAAUGGUGAACAGGUUUCAGUGAAAAAGGAAAAUGAUGACGACGAAAAGGAGGAUGGCGAAAUAAAAGAUGAUGAAGAUGAUGACGAUGAAGAUACGGCUGAUGGCAACAAUGAAGAACAAAAUUCAGGCUCUCCAAACCCAAAAUCGGAGCAAAAAGAAUCGGACGUACUAAAAAUUGGUCAGACAACAGUAAAGAUAGCAACGAAAGUCCACGAGCUGUCUCAAUACCAACAGCGAAUGAAACGGAAAAACACCUACAUAGAGCCCAUGGAUUUGAAGCAACAAGAAGAUUUCUCACAAUUGAAGCCACCAAUAGGCGACCAAAAGCUUAUAUCGCUAGUACAAAGUCCAGAUAACUACGUUACCCCCGAGUGCAGACCAGGGCUUGAGCGCAGAGACAUAUCAAAGCUUCGAACACACAUGGGGCGCCUGGUCUCUCUGUCAAACCCAAGUGAAUGCUCCAACAGGCAGCGAAGACCUUCGGGAGCCCACGUCAACGUUUUCAUCAAAUGUCAGUGA